GCGCGCUCUAUCGGAACACUUAGCACAUUACAUGAUCCCAGCUCUAUGGGUCGAAUUAGAUAGCCUUCCUACUCACGAAGUAUCCGGAAAAGUCGACCUCAAACGUCUGCCUGCCCCGGCUAAGUCACGAAGUCCCACAUCAUCAAUUGGCCCUGGUCAAAAUGGCGAUCGUAACCAAAAGAUCACGAUCGAGGACAUCGCAAAGAUGUGGGCUGCCGCUCUGAACAUACCUUAUAGGUCUGUUAUGAUGCAAGAACACGACUUUUUUGACCUCGGUGGUCAUUCCUUAGCUCUAGUUGAGCUUGUAACGAGAUUGACGGGAGCCUAUGGUUUCCCUGUACCCUUGGGGCGCCUCGCCGGAAACCCAACAUUGAAAGGGCACCUGGAAGUGGUCUGCGAUGCGCGUGAUGGCCAUACCGCGGCCGUACAGGCAGAUCUACCUGCUGUUCUGCGUGCUGAUUCCGUUCUCCCUCGCGAUAUACAACCUUCGGGAGCGAAGUUGCAACGCCUCAGUGAUGCGGAUACCGUCUUACUUACUGGUACAACUGGGUUCCUGGGAGCCUUUUUACUUAAUACCAUUUUAGAAACAACUUCGGCAAACGUAAUAUGCCUUGUUCGAUUCGCCGACCUCGCAAACAAUAACCAUUCAACCGGUACAGCGCGCAUUCGGAAGAAUCUUCUUGAUUUGGGUCUUUGGAAUGAUUCGAUUUUGGACCGUAUUGAAGUUAUACCAGCGAACUUAGCUCGAAAGCGUUUUGGUCUUUCACCCGAGGAAUUUGAAAAACUGGCUGCUCGAGUCCAAGUUAUCAUUCACUCUGCUGCUACGGUUAACCUUGUAUAUCCUUAUGCUGCUAUGCAAGGCGCUAAUGUCUAUGGCACAAGAGAGAUCCUACGCCUUGCGUCUAGGGCUGGUGCGACCGUACACCACAUUUCUACCAACGGUGUAUUACCCCCGUCGGUUGAGGGUUGGUCUGAAGAUACUAUAUUAGAGGUAGACGAAGUACCUGAGAAAUUAAUCGACGGGUAUGGACAAACUAAAUGGGUGGCGGAAAAACUUGUACUCGAGGCUGCUAAACGUGGAUUGCCGGCAAGGAUUUACCGUCCGGGCACCAUCAGUGGCCAUAGUGUUUCCGGCUCUACAAAUACUUACGAUCUCUUGAAUGCCUUGAUUGUGGAGUCGCUUCAAUUGGGUCAUGCACCGGACAUCGAGGGUUGGUAUGCCGAAAUGACACCAGUCGACUUUGUCAGCAAAGCUAUAACCUCACUUGCCGAUCUUGAGACGGACCAACGUAUAUUCCACUUGGGCGACCCGUCUCCUGUGACUACCAAGGAACUGUUCGGAAUAUUAGACCAGCUUGGAUACCCCACGAAACCUCUUGGGUGGGAUGAAUGGGUUCGCCUAUGGGAGGAAGAGAGAGGAUCUAGCAAAGGAGGUAAUAUCUUUACUGUGGAUAUCCUCCGCCGCGGUAUGCCUACUGUCGACUUCCUGAAAUGGGUGACUGUCCUUAAGGACCCAGAGACAGGCUCUGCUCUUACCAAAACUGGCCUUGAGCGUCCGAAAAUUGACAACAAAUUGCUGGAGACCUAUGCCCGCCACUUCUGCGCCCGAGGUUGGCUCCCACGUCCUCCCCGCCGUACCCAGGUUAAUGGAGUCUCAAACCCAUCGAAACGAGGCCCGUUAGCUGGUCGCGUCGCAGUUAUUACUGGUGCAUCAUCCGGCAUCGGUGCUGCUGUCGCUACCGCCAUAGCGCAAGAAGGCGCACACGUUGUAAUUGCAGCGCGCCGAACCGAGUCUCUUGAAACACUCAAGACUAAGAUACUUGCUAAAUCCGGAGGUAGCGGCAAAGUCCUCGUCCAGAGAACAGAUGUUACGGAUCGCAAACAAGUUGAAGCUCUCAUGCAAACGACAAGGGAACAACUUGGCCCUAUAGACAUCCUCAUCUGCUGCGCUGGUGUUAUGUACUUCACGAUGAUGGCCAACGUACAAGAAGACGAGUGGGAGCGUACUGUGGAUGUCAACUGCAAAGGGCUCCUUCAUUGUUUAGCGUCCACGGUACCCACUAUGUUAUCGCGCGGCGGUGAUAACGCCGGUCAUAUAGUAGCUAUCUCAUCCGACGCUGGUCGUAAAGUAUUCCCGGGUCUGGGCGUGUACUCAGCAAGCAAAUUCUUUGUCGAGGCCACAUUACAGAGCUUGCGUCUGGAGACAGCCGGGUCUGGACUCCGCGUCACAUCUGUACAGCCAGGUAACACGGCAACUGAGCUCCUGGGUAUAUCGACGGAUGCUGAGGCUAUCAAAAAAUACGGCGAACCGACCGGUGCCAAGGUCUUAGAUCCUGAGGAUGUCGCGCGUGCGAUUAUGUAUGCACUUAAGCAGCCGCCGCAUGUUUCUGUAAAUGAGGUUCUGAUUGAACCUAGGGAUGAGCCGAUCUAAAUUUGAUGAGGAUAUUGGUUCUAUGGAUCUAUAAUGGAUGUAUUACCAUUUAAUCUAGCAAAAAGCGAUAUUUCGAUCUUUUAUAGAAUUGGGGUAUUGGCGUGGCUGUAUCGUUAGGGAUGAUUAAAUGUAUGGUGAUUUAGAAGGGGUGGUAGUUGGUGGAAAGUUAAUGUCUGAUGAAGUCUAAUACUAGAGAUGUAGCAAGCUGUUGUAUGAUUUGAAGACAUUAGAGCGAAAAGCCAGAAAUUGAAAAUAGCAUCCAAUAUCUUUACGAAUGAUUUAAGAGUUUAAGUCAUCAAUCAGUUGGUAAAUUGCAAUUAUGAAGGCUGACAUUAGUAAAACGUCACAACUAAGUCAAUGUUCAUUAGGAAC